AUGGCCGCGGGUUGGAUGAACUCGUUAUCCAAAUGUCUGGACAUCGAUUGCAACACUAUUUCGAGCGCUCGGUUCACGUCAUGGAAUCUUGAGCAGAAAGUGAAGGAAGUGGUGCACAAAGCGUUUUGGGAUAUAUUGGAGUCACAGCUGAAUGAGUCGCCAACUAAUUACAAACAGGCGAUGGCUUUACUCAAAGAGAUUAAAGAGAACUUAUUGUCACUCCUUUUGCCACAACACACACGCCUUCAGCAGGAGAUCGAAGAGAUACUUGAUUUGGAUCUAAUCCUACAACAGGCCGAUAACGGGAUACUAGACUUUCAACGGUACGCGCAGUACAUACUGUCCGUAUGCGCCCGACUCUGCGCUCCCGUCAGGGAUGAGAAGAUUCGUGAGUUGACCCAAACCGAUGAUGUCGUCCCACUCUUCAGAGGGAUUAUGGAACUGCUGGAUGUGAUGAAGUUAGAUAUGGCUAACUUUCAUAUACAACAGAUGCGACCACACAUUCAACUCAAAUCCAUUGAAUACGAGCGCAAAAAGUUUAAGGAGUUUCUCGACAGUCAAUCAAAGCUGUCAGCAGUCGAUGGACUCGAAUACACAAAGACAUGGCUUAAGAGGAACUACGAGUCGAUUGACGUGUCCAACGAAACCAAUUGCAAAAUCAUUACGAAUAAGAUUCUGGUGAACGCAUACUUAGAGCUAUUGGUUUGGGAUAAUGGCGNAGCAGUCGAUGGACUCGAGUACACAAAGACAUGGCUUAAGAGGAACUACGAGUCGAUUGACGUGUCCAACGAAACCAAUUGCAAAAUCAUUACGAAUAAGAUUCUGGUGAACGCAUACUUAGAGCUAUUGGUUUGGGAUAAUGGCGUACAAGAGCUCUAUCCGGAGACCCUCCUGUUGGACGCGACCAGAAUCGGCGACAUUAGAGCUAAAGUUUUAAAACUGACUCUCAUUGGUAGUGUCUUUCUGGUGACGUUCGCCACCGCCGGGCCGUCAGUACAGGGACUCCAAGAGUUUAAAGACAAACUAAAAGAGCAUUUAAUGGUUUUGGUGUCCGACAAAUGCGGCGAUCAUUCGCCCGAAGAGCUGAAGAGUGUUAUGACUUCAGUCUCACUGCAAGUGAAACAAGAGUUGAAGCGAUGCGCCGAAGAGCACGGGUUCGCACAAUUGGACGCAUCGAAAGCGCAAUCGUUGGAGACACAGAUUGUUGAGAUCAGCUCCGGUGACAAUCGGUUACGGAAAGUGGUUGAGAGACGUAUACUGGAGUUUAUUGAACGGGUGUUGAGUUCGCCGACCGCACAGCCGAUGCAAAUACCCUCCGGUCUGUCGGCAGUGCAACAAGAGUUGGCCCAAAUCGCCGGCCAAUUCAUGCGUAUCGUUGGCCACAAUCGGGCGGUGUUUAGCCAAUACUACGCCGACAUUAUCACCGAAUUGGUGCCCGAUUUGACCGCCUGUGAGACCCAGUCUAUUGAGAGAGAUCUCACUACUGCUCCCAUCAAAAGUCUAAUCAAUAACUGA